AUGAGUGCCCGCCGAGAAAGUCUUACGCUCGCGAACCCGGAGAAGGCCCCUGUUGAGCCUGUUGAGCCGGCCGGCUUGGGCGACCACUUGCGUGGCCGCCAAUUCAGUGUUGAUGCCACCGAUGUUGGCAUUGUCACUGCCGACCAAAACAAGCUGCACCGAAACCUCCAUGGGAGACACAUGCAGAUGAUUGCCAUUGGUGGCGCUAUCGGUGCAGGUCUCUUCGUUAGUUCAGCUAGUGCUUUUCAGACUGGUGGUCCUGCCGCCGUGCUGUUGGGCUUCAUGAUCAUUGGUGGCAUGAUCUACCUGAUGACCCAAGCACUUGCCGAGUUGGCCGUCAUGUACCCGAUCAACGGAGCCUUCACCAUGUACAUUUGCAGAUUCGUUGACCCUUCGUGGGGAUUCGCCUGUGGAUGGGAAUACGGUAUUGGUUGGCUCACUGUGCUGCCCUUUGAGAUUUCCGCAGCUUGCAAUAUCAUUCACUACUGGACAAGUGUCGAGAAUGUCAACGACUGCGCCUGGAUCAUCCCGUUGCUUUUCGCUCUUUGCGUCAUCCAAUACUUUGGAGUCAGGGGCUAUGGAGAGGUCGAGUUCGUUCUCAGUGCCAUGAAGAUCACCGCCUGUAUUGGAUUCAUGAUUCUGGGUAUUAUCAUCAACUGUGGUGGUGUACCAACCGACCAUCGAGGUUAUAUCGGUGCCAAAUACUGGCAUUCUCCAUACGGCGCCUUCCUCAACGGCUUCCAUGGGUUCUGUACUGUCUUCGUCACUGCCUCAUUCGCUUUUGGCGGAACCGAACUUACUGGAUUGGCUGCUGCCGAGGCACAAGACCCGAGAAAAGAGAUCCCCAAAGCCACGAGACAGGUGGUCUGGCGUAUCUGCAUCUUCUACAUUGUCAACCUCUUCAUCGUCGGCCUCAUUGUCCCCGCCAACAGCCCGCUGUACAAGAGCACUGGAGGUGAAAGUCGUCACUCGCCCUUUGUGAUUGCCAUCGAACUGGCUGGCAUCAAAGCACUUCCCUCAAUCUUCAACGCCAUGAUUUUGAUUUCCGUCAUGAGCGUUGCCAACUCAUGCACGUUUGCCUCUACCCGAACCUUCCAGGCAUUGGCAGCAAAUGGUAUGGGCCCAAAGAUAUUCGCCUACGUCGAUAAGAAAGGUCGCCCUAUGGUUGUCAUCCUUCUUCAACUUCUGUUUGGAUGUUUGGCAUUCAUCAACUUGGAUAAGAGUGGAGGUGGCAACAUCUUCAACUGGCUCCUAGCUCUGUCCGGUCUCUCGUCAUUCUUCAUCUACGGCAGCAUCGCCAUAGCUCACAUCCGCUUCCGUUCUGCAUGGAAACUCAAUGGCCACAGCGUCGAUGAACUCCCCUUCAAGGCCGCAUUUGGAAUCUGGGGCUCUUACGUCUGCGCCGUCAUGAACUUCCUUUGCUUGAGUGCUCAAUUUUACGUGGCCCUCUGGCCCGUUGGUGGUCCCAACCUCAACGCGACAGUCUUCUUCCAGGACUAUCUUGCUGGCCCCUUCUUGCUUAUCCUAUACAUUGGCUGGAAAGCUUGGUCGUGGUUCAUGCAUCCGGAGCAACGCCCGCUGUACGUCAAGAUCAAGGACAUCGACAUCUAUACUGGAAUGCGUGAGGGACAACUUAACUUCAUCAGCGGAGACCACAUCACGGGAGACCAGCGAAGAGAAAGUAUCAUGGAGAUGCAAGACGAGCAGAAGAAGAAGGGUGCCAUGGGCUAUGCGGUGGCUGCCUUCCACUCCGUGUUCUAAUCUGAUCGCAGUAGUGGUCUCAACUACCGUCCUUCGACCUUGAGGCUGUCAUUUCAUGACGGCUUUGUGGUUAUGGGUCGGUCAAAAUGGGCAAGGCUCCCCGCAUGGUAACAUGGCCAAGGGAACGCAAGGUGUAGAAGGAAGAAGAGAUCUGGAGUGAAGCACUCAAGAGAUCAUUCACUUACAAACGUG